CGAUUUCUUUUUUUUUUUCAUUUCUCUUCCUCGGCACUGCGCCUUCUCCCCAGGUCAUUAGGCUUCCUGAUCUCGAGACUUCUGCUUCUGGAGAUCUUCCGAACUUUACUCUCCUGUCAAGCCCCUGACUGAAGAGAAGACCAGAUGAACACCGGCCAGGUCACACGCCCGCAGAUUCAGGAGGACUCUUACUCGAUGCUAUACCCUUAAACACACUUAGCCCAGCCCCAUGCCACAACGAUAUUGUUAAAUAAUAACAAAACAACAGCCGAAUCCUGAUAAAACUCCGCUCUCAAGAUUUGACGACCAUACGCUUAUCCCCAUUUUAUGGAAAGCAAAUAGAUCGACUUUGAGUUUUCCACCUGCCAGGCUUACAGCAGCAUCGAGACGUCGUCAGAUCAAUCAUGCCCAGCAAAUCGGCCAAAGCAGCCGAAGAGGCAUUGGCCAACCAUGUCUCGGGCCAAUCCAACAAGCCGCUCUCGCAGCCGGCCCACGCACUCGUAACAGAGAAAGUUGUAGAGGAGCUGCAGGCAAAUCCAGAAGAUGGGCUUACUCCGGUCGAGGCCAAGAAGCGCCUCGAGGAAUAUGGUCGCAAUGAGUUUGGCGAACAGGAAGGCGUGAAACCUUGGAACAUCCUGAUUGCCCAGGUGGCCAACGCCAUGACUUUGGUGCUCAUCCUCGCCAUGGCUGCAUCGUUCGGCAUCGAGUCCAUCAUUGAGGGCUGCGUGGUUGCGGCCGUUAUUCUUUUGAACAUCACUGUGGGCUUCCAACAGGAGCUGAAGGCAGCAAAGACUAUGGAUUCGCUUCGCUCCCUGAGUUCGCCCACGGCACAGGCCGUUCGCGAUGGGCGCAACAUCACGGUACCCACGGUUGAGAUUGUGCCUGGAGAUAUGGUAGAGCUCAAGACGGGUGAUACUAUUCCGGCAGACGUGCGUAUCAUCGAAGCUGUCAACUUUGAGACCAACGAGGCACUCUUGACUGGCGAAUCGUUGCCGGUUCGUAAAGAAGCGACCCAGACUUUUGAUGCAGACACGGGACCGGGAGAUCGGCUGAACGUGGCUUACAGCUCAUCCACCGUCACCAAGGGUCGUGCGAGGGGUAUCGUCUUCGCGACUGGUAUGUACACCGAAAUCGGCCAAAUCGCUGCUGCCCUCCGCGGCAAAGAUUCGAAGCGCCGACCUGUCAAACGCAAGGAAGACGGCUCGGCUGGCGUUGCACGUCAUAUGCAAGCUUGGUCCUUGACCGUCACGGACGCCAUUGGUCGUUUCCUUGGCGUAAACGUCGGAACUCCGCUGCAGCGAAAGCUGGCAAAGCUGGCCGUCGUUCUUUUCGGUACUGCCCUCGUUUGCGCACUUAUUGUCCUUGGUGCCAAUGAGUUCGACACUUCACAAGAAGUUGUCAUCUAUGCCGUGGCGACCGGUGUUGCCAUGCUUCCGGCCUCGCUCGUUGUCGUGCUGACCAUCACCAUGGCCGCCGGUACCAAACGAAUGGUUCAGCGCCAUGUGAUUGUACGCAAGCUCAAGUCUCUCGAGGCCCUCGGUGGUGUGACCAACAUUUGCUCGGACAAGACGGGUACUCUGACGCAGGGCAACAUGAUUGUCCGCAAGGCUUGGAUCCCUGGACACGGCACUUACUCGGUUAGUAAGACUGGCGAGCCGUUCAACCCCACGGUCGGCGAUAUUGGCCACCGUCCCGAGCAGCCCCGUGACAUCAACUUCCGUGGCGAGGACUCUGAGGGCACGGUUAUCCCCAACGAACAGGCCAAGCAGCGAGUCUUGGACACUCCUCUGCUGCGAGAUUAUCUCAACCUUGCAUCGCUGGCCAACCUGGCAACCGUCCACAAGACCAAGGAAGGAGAAUGGCACGCCCGGGGUGACCCGACCGAGAUUGCUAUCCAAGUCUUUGCCACCCGCUUCGACUGGAAUCGUCUCAGCCUCUCGGGAGAAGGCAAGCGCUGGAAUCAAAUUUCCGAGUUCCCUUUCGACUCGGAUGUCAAGAAGAUGUCGGUCAUCUUUGAGGAUACCGAGUCUGGCGAAACUCACCUCUUUACCAAGGGUGCCACAGAGCGCGUCAUUCCCUCCUGCCACAAGAUUCAGAUGGGAGACGAGAUAAUUCCCUUUACCGAAGAGCACGAGAGGGACAUCACUGCCAACCUUGAGGUUUUGGCCAAGCUUGGUCUGCGUGUCUUGUCACUGGCCAGCAAGCGCAACAUCGGCAAGGUAGACAACCACGACAACCUCGACCGCAAGGAUUUUGAACAUGAUCUCGUCUUCCAGGGCCUCAUCGGUAUCUAUGACCCGCCCCGUCCAGAGUCUGCACCUUCGGUCAAGAAGUUCCACCAGGCUGGUGUCAGCGUGCACAUGUUGACGGGUGAUCAUCCUGAGACUGCCAGGGCUAUUGCCCUCGAGGUCGGCAUUCUUCCUAGUCGCAUGGGCGAAAUCUCGGCCGAUGUAGCCAAGACCAUGGUCAUGGCAGCCAGCGACUUUGACAAGCUCACCGACGACCAAAUCGACCGCCUCCCACGCCUGCCUCUGGUCGUUGCACGCUGUGCACCUCAGACAAAGGUCCGCAUGAUUGAGGCUCUGCACCGCCGCAACCGCUUCGUGGCCAUGACAGGUGAUGGUGUAAACGAUUCGCCAUCGCUCAAGCGCGCCGACGUCGGUAUUGCCAUGGGAGAGAGCGGAUCCGACGUCGCCAAGGAGGCUUCGGAUAUCAUUCUUACCGAUGACAACUUUGCCAGUAUUUUGAACGCCGUCGAAGAGGGCCGUCGCAUGUUUGACAACAUCCAGAAGUUUGUCUUGCACGUCCUGGCUUGCAACAUUGCACAAGCCUGCACGCUCUUGAUCGGUUUGGCUUUCAAGGACGCAAGUGGUCUGUCAGUGUUUCCACUUGCGCCUGUCGAGGUCAUGUGGAUUAUCAUGAUCACUUCUGGACUUCCCGACAUGGCUCUUGGGUUUGAGAUUGCUGCACCAGAUGUUAUGGACAGGCCACCACACGACAUGAAAUCAGGUAUCUUCACCUGGGAGCUCGUUGCAGACAUGUUUGCAUACGGCCUAUGGACGGCCGCGCUUUGUCUGGCUGCUUUCCUGCUGGUCAUGUUUGGCUUUGGCGACGGCAACCUCGGGUCCAACUGCAACAACAGCUACUCUGACGCGUGCAACACUGUCUACCGCGCCCGUGCCACGACCUUUGCCGCCCUCACCUGGUUCGCGCUCUUCCUCGCCUGGGAGAUGCUGCACAUGCGCCGGUCCUUCUUCCGCAUGCAGCCCAAGUCCACCAAGUAUUUUACUCAGUGGUUCUUUGACGUGUGGCGCAACAAGCUCUUGUUCUUCAGCAUCGUGGCCGGCUUCGUCACCAUUUUCCCCAUCCUCUACAUCCCCGUCAUCAACACGGUCGUCUUCAAGCACGCGCCCAUCUCGUGGGAGUGGGGUAUUGUUUUCGUGGCCUCGCUGCUCUUCUUCAUUGGUUGUGAGGCCUGGAAGUGGUCCAAACGCGUCUGGUUCCGCCGCAGGGCCUACAAGAACCAGCCGUACGGAGCCGGUAACAAGUACGACCUCGAGAGCAGGGUUUUUGGCGCCUACUUCAACCUCAGCGGCGUCGCCCUGACCAGCGACUCGGAAAGCCGGACGCUGGGCGGUCGGACCUUGACGGGAGAAAAGGCAUACGGCAGGCAAAAGGAGGAGGUGUGAUUUCUUUCAAACUUUCCUGGAUUCUUUGUUCUGGCAUGCUUUUCUUUUCUUUUUCUACGGGGGAGAGUAGGAAAGUAUGCAGGGUGGGUUAUUUUUUUUUUGGUUUUCGCACUAUUUAAACAUGUGAUACCUCUUUUUGUUGUGUGGGUUGGGAAAAGUAUCUCCGUAAAGAUUACAAGAAUUUGGGUGACAGGCAACUGGAUAUGAAACACCCCUUUUUUCUAUAGCUGAUAGAGAUAUUUCUCUGGGUAGCCUAGCAGCGGU